CAAAGAUAAAAUUGCGGUCAGCCUUGUAAACGUUUAAGAUAUAUGGUAUAUCGGAAAUAUCCGUGUUGCGACGACCUUAGGUUUAAAAAAUGGGCCAUCACCCACAGCGAUCGAUCGGUAUUUGCACAGGCGAGGGAUUUUAAACAAUAUCUGGAGAGACUCACCGUUGAGAUUCGACAGGUUCACUUCUAGUCGAGUCGAUGGCUGAUGAAUAUCCUCCAGUCGACUAACGAUUCCAGAAUAACUUUGUACUCGAUGUAUCGGAAAGGAGAACGCGGGAAGCUCGAACGUGACGUUGUGGAAUGCAUUGCAGGAGGAUGUUCCCAACGUUCCAGGUCCGGUUGUUCGGCAUGGACCCCCUGGCCGAAUACAUCCUCAUGAUGGACUUCGUACCCGUCGACGACAAGCGCUACAGAUACGCCUUUCACAGUUCGAGUUGGGUGGUGGCUGGAAAGGCGGAUCCGAUCUCCCCGCCGAGGAUCCACGUUCAUCCCGAGUCUCCGGCCCGGGGAGGUCAAUGGAUGAAGCAGCCCGUCGCCUUCGACAAACUCAAACUCACCAACAACCAACUCGACGACAACGGACACAGCACAUUUAUAUUAAGACGGGCCAGGGAAGCCAGGCCCAGGCCCAGCAGCCCGACCUUUGCCAUCCGACUGUGUAUACUCGACUGCACCCAUCGACGAUCGACGCAUCUCGGACGUGAUGUACCCGACUGCAGCGACCGAACGGAACCCGAACGACCGCCUCCUCCCUUCGUUCGAUUCUCUCCCCUUCGGACCGCCGUACCGACGUGGGAGCCGGAACCGUCCCGUACCUCCGAAAUCGACCGAGUUCGUCCCGAGCGAGAAGCACGGCAGAAGCAGGUGCGAGUGAAGGGCAUACGAGGGGGGUGCCGUACGAACGAGGAAGCAGGAAAACGGAGCAGACGUUGCAUCGGUGAACGACCGAGACGGAUUCGCAUCGAGUCGGCGAUUCGGCUCCGUGCCGGUUGGAUCGACCUUCGACCGGCAUCGUGGUGUCACGAGAGACCCCACCGAGUCGAUGACCGAAAGGUGGCGCCUGCGAUCGAGGCGUCCGACCCGAUACCUUCGUGUGGCAUUAGGACCUCGAUCGUGACAGCUUCGUUGCCGACCGUGUAG